AGCAUACAAGUCCAAGGCGAAGAAGCAUCAACAUCCAGCAAAAAGGAGGAAUAGAAUAAAGGAAACAGAAUUACACGAACCCCAUUUGAGGAGAUGCGUUAAAGCUUUCACAACAAAACAAUUUAAAGUAGGACACGUAAUAUAGACUCAAGGAUUGAGUCAAGUAAGAUGUAACGCAAAACUUGUCAUCAAAUCCCACUUAAGGGAGAACAAGACUCCUAAUUUGGGAGAGAAACUUGAUCAGCAAGAUUUAAUAAAAACGUGCGGGGAAAGGGAACAAAAGAUAAGCGGUGAUGGCCAAUAAAGUGACGCCGGAUACUCACGGUGAGUUUGUUAAAGUAAAGAAGCCAGACCCGUCGAUGAAAAUAUCAGCGCUUCGGAAGCAUUUCGACGACAGGAAAUUAUCACUUUCGAAGGACAGACGAGCAAGUCUUCCUUCAGCCAUGUCAGCGAUGCCAAACAGUCGAGGUAGUCGUGAAGAUAGCCUGGUCAUCGACCUCAAGAACUCAUCACGGAUGGGUCGCCGGAAUUCGUUGCCCACCAAAGAGUCCUUGUUCCUCGCAUCAGGGAGUGAUUUCGUAAAGAAGAUUUACCGCAGCGAAAAGGCGCUUAAAGAUGAGCAGAAACGACAGCAGAACAUACGACGUUUUGUCAUUCAUCCUUUCAGCAAUUUCAGAUGGUAUUGGGAUCUAUUCAUGGUCUUUCUCCUACUCGUGACGCUGAUCCUCCUCCCCGUCAACGUCGCUUUCUUCAGCGACGACAUCACCAUGUACUGGGUCACCAUUAACUGCAUCUCCGACUCUCUGUUUAUGAUCGACAUCACGCUCAACUUCUUCACCGGGGUCGUGGAGAACGCAGAGGACACGGUGAUCUUAGACCGAAAAAAGAUUAUUAUCCGCUAUCUUCGUGGUUGGUUUCUUCUCGAUCUGAUAUCAUCAUUCCCGUUCGACUAUAUCUAUCUAUUCCUGAAGAAUGUAGACUUUAGGUCUCAUACUGCCCUUGCUUUAAGAAUUCUAAGAUUGACCAAAGUCCUGAGUUUGCUACGAUUGCUGCGAUUGUCUAGGCUGUUGAGAUAUAUCCAUCGGCUUGAAGAGCUACUAAACGUGGAGACUGCAGUGAUUAGGAUCGUUCAUCUUGUCUUUGUCAUGCUACUUCUGAUGCACUGGAACGGUUGUAUCCAGUUCCUAGUCCCAUUCUUCCAGAACUUUCCACCUGACUGCUGGGUCGUUAUCAACGGUCUUGAAAACGCAAACAAAAUUGAGCAGUACUCAUGGUCGUUCUUCAAAGCGAUCUGUCACAUGAUCAGUAUCGGGUUCGGUCGUUUCCCGCCAAUGAACGUAACAGAGAUGUGGAUGACCACGUUCAGUAUCAUGCUCGGUGCAACAUUCUACGCCCUCUUCAUCGGUACCAUGUCCUCGCUUCUCCUCGCCGUGGAUGCUUCGGGGAGACUCUACAACGAGAGGCUGAAUCAAGUCAAGGAAUAUCUCCGAUACCGUAAGGUUCCAAUGAAGACACAACGUCGGGUAUUGAGCUAUUACGAACACAGAUAUCAAAGAAAAUAUUUUAAUGAGAAGACAAUCCUACAAGAACAGUCACAUCCGAUACGAAGGGAAAUUUUACAGCACCACUUCAACAACUUCAUAACAAAGGUUAAUUUCCUCAAUGAGGCUGACCCUGAUUUCUCUUAUGAUGUCAUCGAGAAGCUGAGCUUUGAGGUGUUUCUUGAAGGUGAUGUCAUAAUCAAGGCGGGAAGUUUGGGCGGGGCUAUGUACUUCAUCGAACACGGCACAGUGGAAGUCUGGGUGGAUGACCGAGUGGUCAACCGUCUAAGUGAUGGCGAUCAUUUUGGUGAGAUAUCACUGUUGAUUGACGAGCGUCGAGUAGCGUCCAUCAUUGCAGCCACAACAUGUGAUGUAUUCUGCCUCUGUAGAGAAGACUUCAGCAAAGUUUUGAAGGAAUACCCCGAGAUGGGAGCUCGUAUGGCCGAGAUCGCCCAAGAACGGCUUAAUACCAUUGACUCUACACUUGAUACAGUAGCCGAAGAGGCAACAGGGAGUGAGAAUGAGACACCAAACGACAAUAACAACCAUGCUGGUCAAAAUGACAAGAAAGCCAAGAAGAAUGACUCCGCCACCCCUCAGAAGAAGGACAACAAACAAAAGAUUAAUGACUGGCUGAAAGAGAACUUUGCCCAGAAACUAUAAAAAUACAAAUUUCUAUCAACCCAGAUGCCCUUAAGGGACAGUGUAAUGUAAUAUUUGGGGGAAGAAUUAAGAUUAAUUCUUCUUAUUGAUGAUGAAAUAAUGGGUAAAAUAAACAUCUUCCCAAAGAUAGUUAACAUCAUAAAGGGCUCUGCUAAGAUAAGCAGCAGAUUGAAACUGUCAUCUUAUCAAGCAUAAGGAAUAGAGGAUUAAGUGUGUCAGGAAAGGCAAUUUUCGAACUAAUCAAGCAUCAGUAAUCAUCAUACUUCAUGUAUAAUGUCUCAGUUCAUAUUGAUACUCGAACAAAAAUAAUGAACAGUGCAAUAUAAAGUAUCAUCUAGAAACUUUUUAUUAGAUUCAGUGACACAAUCCAUCCAGUAUACUUUUUGAAUGCACAAUUUAGCAUAGCCUCUCUUCAGACUAUCCAAUAAGAUAAAUUUCAUUGUAGAGACUGAAAUAAUGUCAGUUCACUGCAAAGUUUUCAGACAUUUUUUUUUUGUACAUUUAUAUCAUUAUUUACAGAGGUUCAAACAAACCCUGGCUUCAUCAGUGUUCAUUACAUAAUAAAAUGCAUUUCCCAACAAAUUAAUAGGCUAUAUUAUGAACAUUAACCUCAUUCUGUGAUUCUACAAGAGGUAAAUUGACAAUAUUGUUCAGAGUUUAUUUCUUGUUGAAUGGUUAAGAUUAUACACCAUUAUCACAAUUCAAUGAAAAUAUAUCAAACCUAAGUGAAUGAUGCAUUGGGCAGGUACGUCUCCUUCAUAUUUGCAAUUUAUGUAAAGCAAAUAAUACUGGACACUGGAGUCAUUCUACGUAAUAGCAGACAAACGGCCAACACAGCUUGGGCUAUAUUCCAUACCUGUUUCGAGUCUAAUUUUGUAGCCAUCCAAUUAAAAUGCGUGCUCAUUGAAGCAAAUAUCUAUAGGUUAUCAAAAGAAAGUAAUGCUGCUAUGACACUUGCAUGAUUGUGGUACCUGCACUGGCACAAUUUGAUUAUGCAAAUUCAUGACAAUGAAGGGCACGAAGUGCGUCGGUGGUUAGUGCUAUAAUUCAGACUGAUGAAUAUGGAUUAAAGUUAUAGCCAAACUGAGCAUGUAUAUGCCUUAAAAUUGAACAAAUAUUAACUAUCCAUAUUUUUGCACAACACUUCAAGCAAUGGUGAGCGACAUGCAGAGCUGCCAACCUGAACAAGAACAUUUCAGUAUUUUUAAAGCUGAAAAUCAGUAUU